AUGACCACGGGGCGUACACCAGCUGAGACCAGGCUAGACCUGGAGGACAUAGAGGAGCAGGGGAUCCCUCCAGGCAGACACACUGUAGAGGGACUACUGGAGGAAGUAGUGGAGGUAGAGGCAGAGGAACCAGCUCAGGAGGAGGACUCCACCCACAGUGACAUUAGGUUUCUGGUCAAGAACAGGGACCCAAGGGGAGUCAACAAGUAUCUAAAGGUGACCUUUGAGGACGUGAUAGCAGAGCCCCCCUCGGUGCGGAGCUUCGAUAAGGUGUGGCUGUGGAGCCACGCCCUAUUUGAGGUGUCCCGUCUCUGGUUCUACCGGCUGAUCUCCCUCCUCCUGGCCGUGCCCGUCUCUCUGGUAGCAGGGAUCCUCUUCGCUGUCUUCAGCUGCCUACAUAUCUGGCUGAUCAUGCCCUUUAUUCAGCUCUUCCUGAUCAACAUGCACUGGGUUCAGACUGUGUGGGGCAGUGUAUUGGACAUCGCCAUCGCUCCCUUCUUUAAGAGUAUGGGGAAGUGCUGCAGUAGCAUCAAUGUCCGACUGGCCAGGGACUGAUGUUGGGCUCUGCCAC